ACCAGGGUUUUAUAUUUAGAAAGCCAGUGACAAUGACGCAAUUCCAAAGCGAGUGCGUGCAAUCUGAAAUGUAAAUCAGGUCUUUUGAAAUGCAAAUCAGGCUGAGCUGGCCUCUUUGUCCCAGUGACUCCCCCCCAAAAAACAGCGUGUCCACAUGAACCGGGAGGAGGGAUAGGACGGGCUGCUGGAGCGAGUUGCACUGUCUGGGAAUCCUCGGCUGGCCGUGCCUGGCUCAGGAAUGACUCGCUGCCGCGCUCCGAGCGGACCAUGCUCUGAGGAUGGUUUGAGCCAGAGGCUGCCCCCAACCGAGAAGUGAACUCGUCAGUCUGUCCACUCACUGUGGGGGAGAUGAAGGGCACAUGGCACACCAGCUGAGGAGAGUAAUGAACAUCUUGUUCCUUGCUAUGGUUAUCUCAUCCUGUGGUUGCCCGCAAGCUGCCCCGAUGAACGAAGCUGUGGACCGAGGAGCCUCGCCCUACCCGGGGCUGCGGCCUUACGGGACUCUGGCCGGUGGAGGGGGGCCAGGGGGCUCCUCUUCCCGGGGACUCGGGGCUUUGGCCAACUCGGUGGGCCAUGUGCUGGAAGAGCUCCUGGAGGUGGACAGGGAGGCUCGGCCGAGCGACGGCGGAGGGGGAGGCUCAGACAAGGACGGCGAUUUGUACUCGUCCCGGGUGAUGCUGAGCGGCCAAGUGCCUUUGGAACCGCCUUUGCUCUUCCUGAUGGAGGAGUACAGGAACUACUUAGAGGCGGCAAACAUGUCGGCCAGGGUGAGGCGCCACUCCAACCCAGCGCGCAGGGGGGAGCUCAGUGUCUGUGACAGUAUCAGCCAAUGGGUGACGGCAGACAAGAAAAAGACAGCAGUGGAUAUGUCGGGCCAAACGGUCAGCGUCCUGGAGAAGAUUCUGGUCCAGAACGGUCAGCUCAAGCAGUACUUUUACGAGACCAAAUGCAAUCCCAAAGGUUUCACUAACGAAGGCUGCAGAGGAAUAGACAAGAAACAUUGGAACUCUCAGUGCAAAACCAGCCAAUCUUAUGUCCGAGCCCUCACUAUGGAUAGCAGGAGAAAAAUUGGGUGGAGAUUUAUAAGGAUAGACACUUCUUGUGUAUGUACAUUGACCUUUAAGAGAGGCAGAUAGUGAAUUAGUGUAUAUAGAUUUUAUUGAGAAGUUAUCUAUUUGUAUAUAAAUAUUACAUACAGCGUAAAUUAUUCCGUGGAAGCGAUACAGAAAACUUUAUGGACUGCAUGUAUAAAUGAAGUUUAUACAGUAAAAGAGGUGGCUUUAUGUCUAUUUAUUGAACAUAUCCAUGACUCCAGAAAAGGGAAAAAAAAACAAUUAUUUGCGCACAAUUUCAAAAAAAAACAAUAAGCCUGUAUUACAUUCCUCAAAACAUCGCGGUUUGUUGAAUGACGUUGCCAAGAAAUGAAACAGUUUAAAAAAAAAUGCAUGCUGCUUCAGUUUGAACAAGAAUCUGUCCAUUGGAAAGUCCAACUCAACAUUCCGUCUCGUUAGACAGUGGCUUUAUUCCUCGUUAGUAUUAUGUUUGUUGACUGCUUUACCUUCUACCGAUGGUGUUGGAAUUAAAAAAAAGUCAAGGUGCUGACGUGAAUCUUUAUUAGUUUUUUUUAAAUUUUAUUUCCCUGGGGAUAGGACUGUCAACGCUUUGUGCAGUACACUGGCUCCAGUGGGACACCGAGUUGAUGGCCGCUUCCUUUUAUUUUCUUGCCGUUUGUGCUGCAUUAAAGAAUGGGACACGCAUGGUGUUGGAAUGGAUUCAUUGGAUGUGUCCCCCCCCCCCCCCACCCCAUUCUCCCGCAACAUUCAUAAAGUACUUCUAUAAGUAGACCCUGAAGACUAAUUCUGAAAUAUCCGAAUUUCACUGAAGGACACAUAUUCAUUAUGGGGAGGGAGGUGGGGCUGAGAAAUACCGGUGUGGAAAUCUUUCAAAACCUGAAGUUAUGCAGAAAUUUGGACACUAGUUAUAGUAAAAGGACAGUCAAGUAUAUACAGUUGGGGGGAGGGGGCAUGGUAGUGGAGGAUGCACUUGUUGGGGAGAAAGCAGUGGAACCCAUCGGGGAAGGGAGGUUUGUAAAUUCCUUUACAUUUUACCCAGUCCCCCAAGUGCACCUAAAUGCAGACUUUCUAUCAAAGAGAGAUAUAAAGGUCUGUUUAUCAACGACCAGUAAGCUCCCUGGCAGUUAUCUGGAAGACAAUUCCAAAAUACACAGCAUGCACACUUUCUAAUGUUAAUUUCUGAACAGAUAUUCAUUGUUAGAAAGCAUCAAGAUAAAUUGACUAUCAAAUGGAAUCAAUGACAAACUUCAACCUAAAUCAGCACAGACCUCCCAGCAAACCUGGCUAUAUCACUUGGCUGUCACUUCAGCCUUGGGUUACAGGGUUUGCAAGACAACCUGAAAGUUGUGCUCACCAAAACAAACCUCUUUGACUUGGAAAGGUAAACAACAGGGAACCUAAUCUGUAAUCUACACCUGACAGUAGAUUUUUCAGUCUUAGUAUCAUUUUACAUGGUAUGUCUCUCAUAUCUGCCAUCCCAGUUUUAUUCACUGUUGCUAUACAGAGUGCAAAAUGACCCUUUGCAGAACUACACUAUCCAAUAGAAAUUUUGCUAUGGCCUUAAAUCUAUUGUUCAAAACCGAGAAUGAUUAUUCUCUGACUAAAUUUCAUGGAUUAUAAUACAACUGUUAACCUCUGUGACAAAAAAAAUUAUAAAAAAAUUCUGGAGUUUCAUUUUUGAAAAAAAUAUAUUCAAUUGUUAGACAAUAUAUACAUUUUCAUAUCUUCAAGUCAUGUUAAAACUUUGUGUUUUACCACAGUAACAACAAAGAGACGACUGAAGCCAUUCUUCCAUCAUCUGGCAUUUCAGCAAAGUUGUGCCCCAACAGUUUGGGUUCUGUUUUGAAAUAUGACAUAAAAAUUUCAAUAUUUCAUUUGAACAUUAAUAUUUGAUUUUAAGCAUAUUUUGCAUCUAUAACCAUCUGUUCUAAUUAUCUACAACAGUGGGAUAUGUUGAUGACAUACCAAGUUAGUUCAUUCAAUAUGCAACAUCAAAACAGUUUUCAAGUGGGAGUUUCUAGCAUUUGCAGUUUUUGUUCUCAGCCACAUUUGCAAAUAAAGGUUUGAGCAUUGUGAAUGCACUAGGUGCAAGCUAGAUACAAUUAUUUCUAGGGAAGAGGAAAAACCUUUCAUUUGAGUAAACCCACAUAACUCUUGUGCACGCUCAAUUUGAGACUUACAUUGUAAUUGUUUGUUAGCAAAGUACUUCAGUUCUGCUGAAAAAAAAAUUGUGCUGAAGCCUUUUGUGUUGCACUGAUCAGGACAGAACUGCAAGAAUACCAAAUCUCAGAUAGAACAACAGUACACAGUAAAUCGUUGUUUCCUUUCAGAUUUGGGUAUGCUUGCACUUCUGUCAUGAUCAGUGCAAGACAAAAACAUCAACAACACAUUCUUUUUUCAGAACUGCAAUGUGAUCUGUUUAGGAGUGGAUUACCUGCCUAUCGAAUGCUUGAGGAAACAUACCUGGAGAGGGAAAUGAGAUUUGUUUUUUAAAUUAAAUCAGCAUAUUUUAAAAUAAAAUUCCUUAUGAAUUUAAAUUUAAAGAAAAUAAAUUGCAAAUCAAAUAAAUUGGUUCAUUUAUUCAUCUCCAUUGAAUACCAUGCUAUCAACUGAUUCACGGAAAAGUUUGUCAAGCUUUUCAAUAAGAUACUUAUAAUCUCUCAUUAACAGAAACAUCAGAAAUAUAUCUGUUUGAAGCAUCAUUAGUAACAUUAUGUUGGAGAAAUGACUUUUCUACCAAGCACAUACUAGUGAUAAUAGCUAUCAAAACAGUGUAACAGCAUCUAAUACUUAAAUAUUCAAAGUUAAUCUCUUUAAUGCUCAGGGACCAUCAUAUUCUAAUCCAAUGAUCUUUUUGUUGCAGUAUAACAUAUCCAUAUAUUCCAAAUCUAUAUUGCAAAUGAAUGGAUAGGAAAUAGCUUCAAUGUUUGUUACAGUUUAUACUUUAAAUCAACCACUCAAUUAAUUUGAAUAGAAACCUUGUACAAAAUAAGGAAAUUGUUCAAAAAUACUAUGUUCCAGUGACAGGUGACUAUUGUAACCAUGGUUACCUUCAAAUAAAUUUAGAUUGACUAUUGUUCAUGUGAAAACCACAAAUAUAUCAAAUGUUAACAGCAAAAUUAUAACUAAAUAAUAACAAUACUUAAGUUUUAGCAUGGCUGCAAUCAAGGAAAGCUUCAAUGCAUGAUAUGAAUGACAUUUUAUAGAACAUAUAAUACAAUGAUAACUAAUUUCAGUUUAAAAUUGAACUAUAUUGAGGAGUGACUGACCCAUGGAUGAUUUGCUUUUGUACACAUCUAAAAAAUGUAAUGUUUCACAAAUUAGGCAUUCAGCUAACAAUUCUGUUGAACUCCAAUCCUCCCCUUGAGUAGUCACACUGGUAUGUUGAAAAAAAGCUCUAACAUUACAACAAUGAAUUCACUCAAUUGACAGGAGUGGCAUAGUCACUUUAAUAAUCAUAAACAAAUAAAACAGGCUCAAAUACAAUAAUUAUUACAGUCUUCAUUUUUCUUUCUCAAGUAUUAUUUGAUUUCCUAGCUACCUAAUGCUAGUCCAAUGUAUUGCAAGUGUUAAUGAGUUCUUUCUUUCCAAGUAAUAAUUGCAUUAAAUACAUGUCUAAUACAUAUAUAGGAUGAGUUGUAUUUCAGUAAAUUUCAUGCCUUCAAGACCAAUAUUAUUGCAUGAUAACCCACAUUGCAGGAUAUAAUUUCAACUUCCAGAAUGGGAUUUGGUCACAAAUAUCUAUUGUCAAAGAAAUGACUAAUCAGCUAUUGACUACAAAUAUUGGGAAGUAAUUUUAUGUACAUUAUAGAGCAUAACAUACAGCAGGAAAAUUUCAGCCUCUAAGGUAACAUUAGGUUUAGAUGAGAAUAAUUCGUUUUGAAAUAUUUCUAUUGGUUAUACAAAAGCUGAUUUGCUGUCUUGAAAUAUUUUCAAGUCUAUAUAAUGAUAAGUUUAAUAUCGAGUAUGCUUUGCACCUAAUUCUGCACAUUGUCCAGAAAUAAAAACACACUAUUUUAUGAUUAUUCAUCAAUAUGAUUCUGGUACACGGAAUUACAUCAGUUCAAUCUACUUUUUGUUUAAUCAACUUGAGUAGUAGAUACAUAGAUCCACUACUGUGCUAUGAAGCCAGGUUUGAUCAAUGCUCUGUGCUGAGUUAGGAUUGAAAUGAAACCACCAAAAGUAAUUUCAGCAUCUUUGGCUGAGAAUAGAACAAUCGACCAGGGUUUGAUUUUUUGAUUGCUAUCCAGUAAUUCCUUCCAGAAAGUGUUUGUUGGGAUGAGAACCGUAUCAAGUUCACCUGUGACAUUCACUUAGUACAACAUCAGCAUCAUGUUGUGCAAGAAUAGAUGUCUAUCUUACCACUAAUUGAUAGAGUUUAUACUUGACACCAUAGGAUAUUCAAAUAACUGUUUCAGCAAUCAAUAGAAUUCUUCAUAAUUGUUUAAUCAAGAUUAAACUUCUGAAGCAUCAAAAGUAUUGUCACCACCACAUUGUGCUCUCUGCCCAGUAACUGUAGUAUGUUGUGAAUUAAAAUAAUUUAAAAUUCCAAGGCGCUGC